GGCAGGGCCGGGGCCGGGCCGCUGCCCUCCUCCCCCCGGUCUGGGCCGUUGUCGUGUCUCCCGGGCCCUUGCCUCAGUUUCCCUCCCAUCCCCCACCCCCUCCCUUGCCUCCUGCCUCGCUUUCCCUCCCCACGACCCCAGGGUAUCAGACUCCGCUGCCUCCCGAGCUCGCUGCGCCCCACUUGGCCCCAAGGAGCUGGGGCCGCCCGGUGUCCUCCAGGCAUUCCUCUCUUGGGGCCUCAGUUGCCCCGUCUCUACAAUGGGCAUAAGCCGGUGGCAGGGGCAGGCGCGGGGGUCAUGGCAGAGCCACCCAGGCCCCGCGCGCCCGUGUCCUGAGCCAGCCCUGUCCGCCGCCCAGGGCGGGGGUCUCCCCUGGCGAGCGGGGAGCGCCGCCGAGUCCCAGCCUGGUUCUGUGCUUGCAGGGCGAGCUCCGCCGUGUCUCCCGCCUGGCCACGGCGCCAUGAACUGCCGCUCGGAGGUGCUGGAGGUGUCGGUGGAGGGCCGGCAGAUCGAGGAGGCCAUGCUGGCCGUGUUGCACACCAUCCUGCUGCACCGCAGCACCGGCAAGUUCCACUACAAGAAGGAGGGCACCUACUCCAUCGGCACCGUGGGCACGCAGGACGUGGACUGCGACUUCAUCGACUUCACCUACGUGCGCGUCUCCUCCGAGGAGCUGGACCGGGCACUGCGCAAGGCAGUCGGGGAGUUCAAGGACGCGCUGCGCAACUCGGGCGGCGACGGCAUGGGGCAGAUCUCCCUGGAGUUCUACCAGAAGAAGAAGUCACGCUGGCCCUUCUCAGACGAGUGCAUCCCCUGGGAGGUGUGGACCAUCAGGGUGAACGUGGUGAGCCUGGCCAACGAGCAGGAGCGCCAGAUCUGCCGGGAGAAGGUGGGCGAGAAGCUGUGCGAGAAGGUCAUCAACAUCGUGGAAGUGAUGAACCGCCACGAGUACCUGCCCAAGAUGCCUACCCAGUCCGAGGUGGACAAUGUCUUCGACACGGGCCUGAAGGACGUGCAGCCCUACCUGUACAAGAUCUCCUACCAGAUCACGGACUCCCUGGGCACCUCCGUCACCACCACCAUGCGCCGCCUCAUCAAGGACACACUGGCCCUGUAGGGCCCAGCCUGGGGAGCGCCUGCCCUUCCAGGCCUUCUGUCCAGCUGCUCCAGAUGGAUGCUCCGGACUCGGCCUCUCUGCAACUUGUCCAUCUGGGGUCGCCCAGAGCGCUCUGUGCCGCGUGCCGAGGCAGCUGCUCUCCCCUCCCGCACCCUGGAUGUCCUGCUGUGCUGUGGCCCCAUCCCCAUGCUGCCUGCUCCCCUGGGGUCUGGCAGCUGCUAGGGGCAGGGGCCUCUUAUGAAGUGCUGCGUGAACAGAUGUUCACCGCCACGGAGGCAGCAGCGGUGCCCAAGGCUGGGACCAUGAGGCAAACCCUCCACGGCCUGGGCCUCUAUUCCUCCGCCUGGUGCGGAGAGGGUGCCCUGGGCACGCUGCCAGGCACUCGCAUUCCUGUUUGGUGCCAGGGCUGCCACCUGUCUUCGUGUUCUGUAAAACAAUAAAUUUGUGUCCUGCUUCU